UGUUGACUUCGUGAUCACAACUUAAUCAUGUACAUAGUACGUAUAUAUAUGUGCACCUAAACAUACAUAAAUAACAUACAUAAAUAUAUACAUAUAUACAUAUAGAUCACAUCUAAGUAUACUUAAUAUAUUGCGUUUUUCUAUCAAUCUUGUGUCCACGAAGAUUUGUAGCACAGUUUAGUAUAUCGAUUUGACUAACGAUGGGGUUAUUUUCGAAUGAUGAGAAGCCCAAAAAGGCCGAAGACGGUGCCGAGUCUUGGAAGUUACUGACUGAAAAGCGCCUGGAAGAGCUUUCCGAACAGGACCGAUAUUUCUACGUAGGACUUGUUGCUAGUCUGAUACCCUACUACAGUUCCAAAAACGUGGCUAGCUUAAAUGAACACCAAAAGUCUGCUCGGGAUCUGCACAAUAGUUUCCAUAUGGCGUUGUUCAAGACUCUGGCAGAUCGUACCAAGCUACCGACGGGACGUCUGGCAUCGCUGCAGCUGGUGGCAGAGGGCGAAGUGGAGAAAGACUUUCAGAUGUUUUCAGACUCUCUAAGUGACAGCAGCAAGGGAACAAAUUGGCUCGUCAUGCAAGAUCUGGUUUGCCUGUGUCUGAUUUCUGGACGGUACGACGCUCGAUCGCGCACACUCAUCAGGCGAGUGGUGGCAGCAACUGGAGUGGAAUGGCAACAGGUCUUCAACUUCGAAAACAAUUUGGCUCACAUGCUGCUGUCCGAUUUCCAAGAGAGUGCAGAAGAAGCAGCCGAGCGCGAGAUGAAAGAAAAAAAUUCCAAGUGGAAGAGGUACGCGGCUGUCGCAGGUGCUACGAUUGGAGGCGGGGUGGUUAUUGGGUUGACUGCAGGGCUGGCAGCACCCUUCAUCGCCGCGGGUGCUGGAGCUGUAUUGGGAGCGGGCACAACAGCUUUUCUCGCAAGUACAGGGGGUGUGGUUUUGAUCACCACAUUAUUCGGCGGGGCUGGUGCCAAAUUGACCGGCCAGGCCAUGAGCAAUCGAAAAGGCGAGGUUAAGGAGUUUGACUUUGUACCCCUCAGAUUAUUAAACUCACACACCAAUCGCGAUACAUCCAACGAGGACAAGCAGAAAGAUUUGAGUGUUGUGAUUACGGUUUCUGGAUUGCUCAGCCACGAAUCCGACAACGAGUCGGAUUCACUAUUAACUAAAAUGGAUCAGUACGCACUGCCUUGGAAGACUAUUGACGCCGUAGGGGAGACUUAUACGGUAUUCUGGGAGAGUGAGGAGUUGGAGGGAAUCAGUCGGUACAUGGGUAAACUGCUGAGUAACAAGGCUAUUGGCUAUGCAACCACCCAAGUGCUCUCGCAGACAGUGCUGCAUGCUGCAGUGGCUGCCGUAGCCCUGCCCGUAGCGCUGCUGAAUGUCACGGAUGUGAUUGACAAUGCGUGGAGCAGGUGUGUUUCUCGUGCAGACCAGGCUGGACUGAUCUUGGCGGACACCUUGUGUGCGCGCGUACAGGGAUUCCGACCGGUGACUUUGGUUGGGUUUGGGUUGGGGGCGCGUAUGAUCUUCAGGGCGCUGGAGGAUAUGGCUAAGAGGAAGGUGCCGGCGGUCGGUAUAGUGGAACGAGUGGUGUUGUGUGGCUGUCCGAUCCCCAGAGAUUCGGCACGGUGGGCGACAGUCAGGGGAAUGGUAUCAGGCAGGUUUGUGAAUGCCUAUUCCAAGACUGAUUGGAUUUUGGGCUAUGUGUACCGUACGCUGAAUGCCGAGUCGAGUGUGGCUGGGCUGGAUGCUGUGAUUCUCGACAAUGUGUAUGGUAAGAAGGUGGAACCAGAAUUGAGCAGGGGUACAAAUUUCCCCGGCGGGAUUAUUGAAACGACAGACGGGGAGAAGGUGAGCGCGGAAGCGAGACUAGAUACAGUGGAUGCACUUGGCGUCAUCGAAAAUGUGGAUGUGACGCACCUAGUACCUGGGCACCUGCACUAUAGGACACGCAUGCCAUAUAUCCUGUACGAAUUGGGUCUCAGCUCAACAGAACCUCCACCCCUCACCGAACAAGAGAAGCAAGACAUUGUGAAUCUAUCAAAGCCCAUCACAGACGAUGACAAGGCUAAGCUAGAGACCGAACUAGAGGAGAAUUUGGAGAAGAAUAUGGCCGGUCUGGAACUUGAGAAGCAGAAAGUAGCUCACUUGGAGGAACACUUGACCAAGCCGGCCGAUAAAGUGGUGCAGGCGGACGACAAGCCUGAACAGAUGGAUUUAAUCAAACAACAGGUUAAAAAGGAGGGCCCUUCGGAACUGGCGAUCUAGAAUAUCAGUUUGCGAAGCGAUGGGGUGCAUGUCAAAACGAAUGGUGCAUACAGGGCACGGGCGAGCUGGUAUCUCAUUCCACACACUGAUUCAAAACUCUAGUAUCAUUCAUGUUUUCGGAUCGAAUACGUCUUUGUCAGGAUAAACAUAGCCAAUAUACGACGUUGUUAUUUAAAAUAAAUGAAGCAGAUAGCGACAGGUGCAGGCUCGUUUUUUUUGCAUUACGCAAAACAGAGAUUCAUUAUUAUACCAUUUUUACUUUUUUUUUUGGUUCUGCGACAAUUCGCACGUAGCUACCGUACUCACCUGUUUUUACUAGAUAAGCAUACAGUUUAGAUGUCUAUGCAAUGUACAUUGAUCUGUAUGUUACUGUUGCAUUCAUCUUCUUGGCGCCAGCACUCUGCUAUACUCGUAGCUCCGAUUUCCUUUAGGGCAAUCAUUUAUAUUCAUUUGAGGAGUACUUUGUUUAUCCGUUCUGGAGAGUAGCAGCGGGCAACAGUGGAUAGAUGAUAAUUUACCGAUGAAUCUCGGCCUUCAGGGCGUAAUUGGAUCUGGGAAUGAGAUCAGUCAUUCAGGGCUAGAAAUAACAGGGGACAGUUAGCACUUGAAAACAACGCGGAGUUUCGGAGAUACAAAACUGCA